UUACCGGGCUUCUUCAGAAGCAGGAAAUGGACAAGCCCACUGGUCAAGAAUCCUCUCACCUCCCAAGUUCAUAGACAAGUGGUGAUCAGCUGGGGUCCCUCAUCUUUGGGAAAGGAAAGGGUGGUGUUGCAAGAGAUCCAGGAAGGACUUGACAGGAGGCAAGGGUCCCAGGGUCCAAGAGCUUAGGCUGGGGCCCUAAGACAAUAAACUUGGCUUCUACUUUCUCUUCCCCCUUGAAUGCGUCUCCAGGAGUCCCUCCCACUGUUUGCUACAGUAGGACACGCUGGGGGGCUCUGGGCCCCUUCCACCUCAGAGCCUUCGGUCUCCCAGCACCCCUCCCCUUCCCCUGAGCUAGGCCUGGGGGGUGAGCACUCCACACACAUUCUAGGCGGGGCCAGGUGCCCACAGCUUGGGGCUCGUUUUGUCCCUGGGAUUGGAUCCCGGUGCAGGGUGGGGCAGGGCUGUCCCAUUCUCCCGCAAGCCUCCUGGGCACAGGAGAAAACUGAGAAAACUGGGCACAGGCAGGCGCUGGCUGGGGAGGGCACCAGCCGAGCUCCUAGUCCCUUCCUUACGCCUCUGCCCUAGGCCAUGGCUCCAGGCCCUGGCCUCCCUGCCUCUCUGGCUCUGUGCAGACCCCGAGCCCCGGCGGCGCCCGACGACAGGGCUCGACACUGCGCCGUGCCGGGCACCGUGCUCCUGCUGCUCGCCUACCUGGCUUACCUGGCGCUGGGCACCGGCGUGUUCUGGGUGCUGGAGAGCCCUGCGGCGCGUGACUCCAGCGCGAGGUUCCAGCGCGAGAAAUGGGCGCUGCUGCAGAACUUCACGUGUCUGGAUGGCCCGGCGCUGGACUCGUUGAUCCGGGGCAUCGUCCAAGCGUACCAAAGUGGGGACAUCGUCCUUGGCAACACCACCAGCAUGGGGCGCUGGGAGCUCGUGGGCUCCUUCUUCUUUUCUGUGUCCACGGUCACCACGAUUGGCUACGGCAACCUGAGCCCCCAUACGAUGGCCGCCCGCCUCUUCUGCAUCUUCUUUGCUCUUGUGGGGAUCCCGCUCAACCUCGUGGUGCUCAACCGACUGGGGCAUCUCAUGCAGCAGGGAGUGCAUCACUGUGCCCGCAGCCUGGGGGGCGCCUGGCAGGACCCUGCCAAGGCUCGGUGGCUGGCAGGCUCCGGUGCCCUCCUCUCGGGCCUCCUGCUCUUCCUGCUGCUGCCCCCACUGCUCUUCUGCCACAUGGAGGGCUGGAGCUAUGUAGAGAGCUUCUACUUCGCCUUCAUCACCCUCAGCACCGUGGGCUUCGGCGACUACGUGAUCGGGAUGGACCCCUCCCGGAGGUACCCGCUGUGGUACAAGAAUACAGUGUCCCUAUGGAUCCUCUUUGGGAUGGCGUGGCUGGCCUUGAUCAUCAAACUCAUCCUCUCCCUGCUGGAGACCCCGGGGAGAUCAUAUUCCUGCUACCACCACAGCUCCAAAGAGAACUUCAAGCCCCAAAGCUGGAGGCAGAGCCCUGAUGGGGAGGCAGAACCCCGUUUGCCACAGUCAGGCUGCUGUCCAGAGGGGCCUGUGAGAAUCAUGCAGCAUCCAGAACCCUCUACUCAGGUCUCAUGUUGUGGAAAGGGCAACUAGUUAUACUCCCGUAUGCGUUCCAUCUUCCUCAGUAACAAGAGCCCUGGCUUUAAGCUUGGCACAUAACCACCCAGACUAAAGACUACUUUUUUUUAUCUUCCCUUGAGGCUAUUUGCAGCUAUAUGGUUAAAUUCAGCCCAAUUGAAUACACGGAGAAGAAUCCUGUGGGACUUAUGACUGACUUUUUGUGGCAGGUAGUGUGCUCCUCUUCACUACUUCCUUUUUCUAGCUGGCUGCAAUACUGAUAUAGUGGCUGGAGCUCUGGCAACCAUGUUGCACCAUGAGGUAGAAGCCAUGUUUGAGAUCGGUGACACAGUAAGACAGGAAGAGCCUGGGUUCCUGAUGGUUGAAGAGCUUCCAUAACAAUCUGGACGAAAUACCUUCAGACUUCAUUUGUGUGAGUGAAAAAUAAAUGUCGAUCUCGUUUACUACAGUUUUAUUUGGGGUUUUCUGUCACUCACAACCACAACUAAUUCUAACUGACCUACAUACCCAGAGACAAAGGCAGCAUCUGAGACUGGAACAUACACAGA